AUGGAGAUUCCCGGCGGCUAUGUGGUUUAUCGUGUUCGUGUUAGAAGGGGUGCUCGAAAGAGGCCUGUUCCAAAGGGUAUUGUCUAUGGUAAGCCCACGAAUCUGGGUGUUACCCAAUUGGAACCCAGCAAGCGCUCUGUUGCAGAGGAGAGUGCCGGUCGAAAGUUGGGAGGAUCUACUUACAAGUAUUUUGAGUGUUUAAAGUGUUUUUGUUAUGAAUUGGAGUUUUAUGGUUCAGUAAAUGACCGUAGGACUAGGGAGGAGUUGAGAUCAAACAGCCUGGGUUUCAACACCGGAUGGAGGGAGGAAGCGUCUCUAGACUUACUUGCUCUGGAAGUAGUAAACUUGGUAGUGUGA